AGUGCCUCUGGGUCGAGAACACGCGGGCGACAGAGGCACCGUCUAAGUGCCAUUCGCUGGUGGGUUGCGGCACCAUGAGGACUCUCAAGGAAUGCUUGGUACUGGCUCUGGUAUUGUCAGGAGCAUGGGGGGGCGUGCCGAGGGAGGCGAGGAUCGUAGGAGGCCAGAGGAGUGACUGGGGAGAAUUUCCUAUGAUGGUGGCUGUUCUGACGCGUCCUCUCUUUGGUACCUCCGAGUUGAUUUGUGGUGGAACUAUUAUCAAUGACAAUCACGUCCUCACCUCUGCUUCCUGUGUGAUGGACCACACGGCCCUUGGCUUGAAGGUCAUGGCAGCCGGCCUCGACCUUCUCGGAUCAGCUGGAUACGAAGAAUUCAAGAAUAUCCAACAUGUGUUUAUUCACGAGUCCUAUGACAACAUCACCAAGGCGAAUGAUAUAGCUAUCUUGAGGACGAGCCACAACUUCGUCUUCGUGACCGGCUUGAUUGACCCGGCAGUUCUACCCGAGGACGACCUUGAGCCUGCGAGUGGUUCCUUUGCCUCCGUCGCGGGCUGGGGCAUGGACAAGUACGAAGGCAGCACUACGCAAGAACAGCGCACAGUCAACGGGACGUAUUUGAACAGCAGUGAGUGCGCCGCUAUCUUUGGCCAGGCGAUCACCCCCGAGAAGAGCUGUUUCCAGGGUGACGUUGGCGCUGGCGUGUGUGAUGGAGACGAAGGGGGCCCGAUUCUCGUAGACGGCGUCCAGGUGGCGCUGGUGUCGCAGAACGUGGGUUGCCAAGCUUAUCCGGCCAUCGUCACCCGCCUCGGCCCCUUCCUCGAGUGGAUCAAGGAUCACUUCGAAGCCUGAAGUGGGUUCUUCUCGAAGGUCGUCCUCGAAAGGAGUGUGAGGGUCGAGUCGUCCUCGGAAGAAGGGUGGGAGAGGUUUGGGGCAUCGUGAGGCCGCCCGGUUGGUGGGAAUAAAAAGGAAGAUGAUAAUGAUGGAA